UCGAGGAUGGGAGUGUCACAUGACAUGGCAUAGGAGGGAAGCAAGAGCUAUUCGUAAGGAUGCGUAAAGUCAGCCUCUUGCUAGCAGCUACAGCUGUGACUUGCGCAGUGUUGGUGUGUGUGAGUGUGAGGAGAGGAGAAGAUAACGAGCAAGAGAAGCUCGACAGGCAAUGGGUGGAUGCAAUUCCGGCGUUUGGGACGGCGAUGUCGACGGAUGAUCUAUCACGGCAGAUUCACUGGUUGCACAAACACAACGCGGCGAAAGGAAUUUCACCCGAUGCAUAUUUUCAAGACAGGGGCAACAACCUACAGAGCAGCCCACCCGUGCAGUUUGAGACGCAAGAUGGGGAGCAGAUUGUUCCAGCCAACAGAGCUGCUAUCUCAAACAUCCAGCAAUCUCUGAAGUCAGCCUACACUCAACAAGAAAACUCUGUCAGAGCGCAAUCUUCUUCAACUCGGAAUGCCAUGAUCCGAGACUUGCGAUCACAGGUUCGCUGGAUUGCCGAGAGAACCAUGGAGAAGCUGAGCUCGUCGGGUCAUCGUCGAGUUUCUCCUGGCAUGAUGAAGAUGCUAGUGAAGGCAAUCGGAGCUCAGAGAACUUCUCAGCUCUGUCAGGUAUUCUCCUGCAGGAGGACCAGGGCGUCAAGAUGCUUCCUUCCUCUGGCAUAUCUCUGCAUGACCUU